UCAAUGGACUCGUCAGUGAGACAAGGGAGGACCAUGAUGCGAGCAUGAUCAGCGCCGAUGGCUUCUCCAAACGCGAGGCGACUCUGCGGGAGGGAGGCAGGAGGCGGCCCCCCGCGGAGAUGCUCCACCUGCUGACAGCUGUGAUCGUGUGGCUGGUGACGGGCACCACCAUCUCCAGCCUCAACAAAUGGAUCUUCGCCGUGUACAACUUCAGGUACCCGCUGCUGCUGUCCGCCCUGCACAUGCUCACGGCCAUCGUGGUGGACUACGGGCUCAUCAAGCUGCGGGUGAUGCACCAGAAAGGUGCUGGAGAGAAGGAGCUGACCACCAACGCCAAGUGCAAGGUGUUUCUGCUGAGUCUGACAUUCUGCGCUAGUAUCGCCUUCGGGAACAUGGGCCUGAACCAGGUCCAGCUGUCGUUUGCACAGAUGAUCUACACGACCACUCCGCUCUUCACCCUCGCCAUCUCCGCCCUGAUACUGGGCAAGCACCAUCACAUCCUCAAGUACACAGCCAUGAUGCCCAUCUGCCUGGGAGCCUCCUUCAGCAUCAUGGGGGAGGUCCAGUACGACCAGACCGGCUGCUUCUUUGUGUUUGCUGCGACCAUGUUGAGGGGUGUCAAGUCCAUUCAGCAGAGCAUCCUACUUCAGGAGGAGAAAAUCAACUCUGUGUUCCUGCUCUACAUGAUGUCCAUUCCUAGCUUCUGCAUCUUGAGUGUGGCAGCUCUGACCUGUGAGAACUGGACUCUGAUGGAAUCGCCGAUGCAUUACGACCGCCACCUGUGGGUCUUCAUCCUGCUCAGCUGCCUGGGCUCAGUCAUGUACAACCUGGCCAGCUCGUGCGUCAUCACGCUCACCUCGGCCGUCACCCUGCACAUCCUGGGCAACCUGAGCGUGGUGGGGAACCUGCUGUUGUCCCAGCUGCUCUUCGGCAGCGAGCUGUCCGCCCUCAGCUGCGCGGGAGUGGUGUUGACGCUCUCCGGCAUGCUCAUCUAUCAGAACUCUGAGUUUAUCGUCAGCUGUUUUGACGCACAUAAGGCCAAAGCGAAAGGGUCCGGACAGGUGGACGGUCACAGUGCAUGUAGAGAGGAAUCUUGCGCAUCUGAACCAACGUAUCAUCAGCAGAGAUCAGACGGCAAAGAAGAAAACAAGAUGGACUGAGGUGAAAGGAUGAAGGAGAGAGUAAUAUGCUGAAGGGAAAAAAAAGCUAAAAACCCUGGCUGGAGGGAGUGUGACCUUAUAAGGCCAUUAACACUGAUGAUGUUACAGAUCUUUUAUUUCAACGUUAUUAUUUUUAACUUCCACACUGUUCCAAUUUAUCUCUCCUCUGGUCACACAGAACUCCAGGCCUCAGAGAAGAGAAGUUUGCCUUUUAUUUCUCACGGUGAUGGUUAACUUCCCUCCUUCAUCUGUACCUAACCUGUGUCGGUAUAUGCAUGCAAGAGCACACUCAACUGUUCAGUACCUCACAGGGUAUCCACACCAUCACUCACACUACACUGUGAAAUAGUCUCAUUUGCAGAGGGCUCUAAUCAAGGAUUCUCGGUGGCUGACGUGGACAUUGUUAGCCUCAGAGUGGGCACUAUUUUUAGUAAGAAAGAAAAAAAUAUAUAUAUGGUACUUUUACCUGACAUUCACCUGGCCCUAUCAUGUUAGGGGACCGGGGUUGUUCGGCAGCUUUUUUUAAAACAUUUGAUUUCAUGUUUUUGUUGGUAUGUGAUGCAGGACGCUUGUCAAAUAGAGACACCGCAGUUGUUGCUGUUACGGCUAAAACCUUUUGCUGAAGGCGAAAUUUACAACAACUGUCAAAGCCAACAUUUCUGUGCAAUGAGACGCCUCUUCUCCUCCACUUAAGCACAUUUUUUAAGAA